CUCUCGUUUGAUACUUUUUAUCUCAAAAAUCUUGAUAACAAAAUAGACCUUCCUUAGUGUGAGUAAGUCUUUGUGUGAAGCGAAAUAUAAUCGACACAUGUUGCAAUGAUUCAUUUACAAAUUAAUAUUCGUAACUCUAUAUGGCUUGUUUCCCGAAAAGAAAUCAUUAUCCAUAAUUUACAUUCCUUAGUUUUACCCCAACUUGAGCUCGGCUCGUUAAGAUAACGAGUUGAGCACGAGCUCGGCUUGUUUAUUAACGAGCCGAAUCGAGUCGAGUUCGUGCUAGCUUUUUAAUAAAAACUUUACUCGUAUUUGAUAUAUACAUUUUGUAUGUCAGGCAUGAUACAUGUGAUUAAUGUCAAGAUGAAAAAAAUAGUUAAAUGUUCAAUAUUAACUAAUCUUAUGUUAUACUUUGUGAUAUCAAAUUAUUUAGUUCAUAAACUAGUGAAAUUUAUAUUAUUUCAUAGUAUUGAAGCAAUCUACGAUACAUAAUUUCUUUUUAAAAUUAAAAAAGACAUAUUUACUCACAUAAUCUACGUGUUAAACGGGCCAGCUCACGAGUUGAGCUCAUCAAGCCACCGUGUCGAGCUAAGCUCGCGAGCUUCGCGACUUGCAAAAGGCUUAGCUCAAACUCGAUUCGUUAGUAAACAAACCAAGUUUCGAACGAAUUUUUUUCCAAAUCGAACGUCAAACCGCUCGUGAGCAGCUCGGCUUAUUUGUAGCAAUAAUUUCAACAAGGGGGAAAUGUGGUUGGUAUGCAAAAUAUUGGGCUAGAAAUGGUGUGGACUCGUCGUAAGGGCCGAGCCACAUGCAAAGGCAGCGCCUGGGCCGCACGAUGCGAUAAGAUGAUCUUUAUAGAUAGGAAAGGGAAACAUGCACUGUAUUUGCUCUCACACUCAUUUUUAUUUCCUACCUAAUAAAAUUAUAUAUUACCAAUUAUGAAAAAUAAAUUCUUUGGUUCUAUGAACAUAUAAUUAUGGAUAUUUUAUUCCCUUAUCUUUUAGCAAAUUUGCUAUUGUAAGUUCCAACUAUAUAUAAGAGUUGAACGUGGAGUUGGGAAAAGCAGUGAAAACAAAAUAGUUAGGCAAAUUUGCUAAUUGUAAGUUCCAAAUUUGCUAUCAUCAUUAUGGAUUCGGGCAAGAGAAGAGUGUUGGUGAGGAGUUUGAUAUUGGUGCUGCUUGUGGUGACCGUUGGGAUGAUGAUGGAGGUUGCCGCGGCCCAAAUAUUCAUCGAUUGCUUCAAGAAAUGCCUGAAGGAUUGUGAGAGGACGGGCGGAGCAGUUUGUACGCCUUUUUGUGAGGCAGAGUGUCAACCAAAACAGUCGUCAUUGAUGGACAACAACCACUUAUAAGCAAGUUUGAUGGUCUUCGUUAAAAAUUUACUUAACCUUUUAUCUCGUUUCUCCUCUCCAAGGAUGCAAUGAAUUCAAUUCAAUAAUAAUAAUAUUGUUAUCAUAGUAAUACCGAUGCCGUUGUUUUGCCCUUUGUCGUUUCGUCAUUUAUGAUUUUAUUAAUUUUUUGUUAUAAUUGAUAACACUAUAACUCACAUACAUUGCUUCUCAUUUAGUAUUUUUAACUAAAAAAAUAGUGAAGAUUAUCCAACAAAAUAAAUAAAUCUUAAUAAGGAAUUAGAUUUUCCUUAGUGUGAUGCAAGUGUUUCGGUGAAGCAUAAUAUAAUCCUCGCGUGGUAUUGGAUUCAAAUACAAGUUAAUUUCCGUAACUAUAUAUGGUUUGCUCUCUGAAAUGAACCUUUUUCCUGUAAUUUCUAACAAAAAGGGGGAGAAAUGAGUUCUCAAAUUUUUAGAUCAUUUAACCUCCAACGCAACCCUCUCCAGGAGUUCUCACAGUCGGUGAUCCUGGCCUCUCAAAUAGACGAGUCACGAGAUCUUUCUGUAAUUGUUUUGUCAUGUCAAUUCGAUUGAAUCUUAAAACUUAAAAGUGUUUUCUCUAGCUUCCAAAUUAAUUACAUUAGGAAAAAUAUAAUUGAAAAUUUUUAUAUUCUCUUUCCUAUGGAGAACGAAAAAACAUUAGGGCUGGAAAUGGAUGGACUACCGCAAAGGACGAGUCACAACGAAGGCAGAGCCUGGACCGCACGAGCGCGGGAGGAAAGUCCCAAUUAUAUAUUUUUUUUGCAUAUCAUUUUGUGGUAUUUGUUUAAUAAUUCAAAAGAACAUAUGAAUAUAGAGACGAAAAUGGUCACAUGGCAAUAAUUAUAUUUUAAUGACCAUAAAAAUGUGUCAUUUUUUUAUUAUAUAUAUAUUCAAUCACUCUUUUAUGGUUUUUUCUGCAUUCAUUCUCAGACCUUACAUUUUUGUGGUAAUUGGUGACCUCAACGUUACUCUCCAUGAGAAUGAGAAGGCGGGUGGCACCCCGUGGAACGCCUCACAAUCUAUAGGCCUCCGUGAUUUUGUUAACGACCUAAGUCUUCAAGAUCCUGGAUUCCAGGGAGACCAAUUUACUAGGACGAACAAACACAUGGGCACGACUAAUAUUCGUCAGUGGCUCGAUAGGGCUCUUUGCUUGCAGACUUGGAUUGAUUGCUUCCCUAAGACUCUUGUCAAACAUUUUAUGGACCAGGGUUCUGAUCAUCGGGCUCUAUUAUUAUCUGACAAACACUAUGUCCGUAAUAGUCGCCCCCUAUUCCGGUUUGAUGCCCGAUGGGCAGACAACCCUGAGGUAAAAGCUAUAGUGGCAUAUGUUUGGCAGGAGAGCAUCCAUGUGACUCCUAUGUAUCAGCUUUGGGAAAAACUUAAAAAACUGCGUCAUCUGCUCUAUGAUUGGAGUAGGGCAGGUACCACGAAUUCCCUUCGGAACAUCAAAACUCUCCAAGCUGAAAUAGAGAGAAUUAAAUCGAUAUACCCAAUUAACUGGGAUGAGAUACGAGAUCUUGAAGUUGAAUUAAGCAGACAAUGGGAGGCGAAGGAAGUUUAUUGGCAACAAAAGUCCAGAGUGAGGUGCUUGAAGAAGGGUGAUAAAAAUUUGGCAUACUAUCAUACGGUCACACGGGCCCGUAGAAAACAAAAUUUUGUGUAUGGUCUUCGGAAUGAGGAAGGAGAUUGGGUCACUGAGGAAAGUGGGAAGGCUAACAUAGCCUCGAAUUUUUAUAAGAACCUUUUCACUUCGGAGAAUAAGGUGAUGAAUAUUACUGAUCGUGUGGCGGCUCUUCCCAUAGCCUAGAGUGUUACCGAAGAAUGAAUGCUCAUUUAACUGCAGAAGUCUUUCCAGGCGAGGUCAAAAAAAUGGUCUUCUCUAUGGAAUCCAAACAGGCACCUGGGUCUAAUGAGUUCACGGGGAAGUUCUUCAAAACUUUCUGGAUAUUGUGGGUAACUUAGUGAUUGAAGUUGUUUGCUCUUUCUUUGCAACAAGCAAGCUACUCAGGAGCUUCAAUCAUACUUGGUUGACCCUAAUACCCAAGGUGGAAAAUGUAGAAACAAUGCGGCAGCUUCGUCCAAUCAGUUUGUGCCAAUUUGUGAUAAAAUUAUUACCAAAAUCAUGGCUGAGAGGCUAGCUAGGUUCCUUCCGCAGAUUAUUUCGGAGGGACAAAAUGCGUUUACCCGGGAAAGACAAAUAAUUGAUUAUAUUCUCUUAGGCCAUGAGCUAAUGCACUAUCUAAAAAUCAAAACUCGUUGUAAGAAAUGGUACAUGGCUUUAAAGGUUGACAUGGAAAAGGCCUAUGAUAGAGUCGAAUGGCCCUUUCUACUUGCAAUUUUGGAGAAAAUGGGGUUUAGCUCAGUUUGGAGAGAGUGGAUACAGGAAUGUCUCAAAUCGACGUAAUUUUCUGUCCUUAUGAAUGGCACCCCUUCGAGGUUCUUCUCUCCAUCUAGGGGCCUCCGUCAGGGUGAUCCUCUCUCUCCUCUCCUGUUUGUGAUAUGUACGGAAGGUUUUGCGGUGCUCCUUCACAAGGCCAUUUCAGAAGGAAAACUCGAGGGUGUGAAAGUGGCCCCUCGUGCCGCCCGAAUCUCGCAUUUGUUCUUCGCGGAUGAUUCUUACUUAUUCCUUAGAGGAUCUCUUCAGGAAUGUGAGAAUUUAAUUGGGGUUUUGAAUGAAUAUGAAGAGCUGAGUGGUCAAAGGGUGAACUUGGAUAAAUCGGCAGUCUGUUUUAGCAAGAACAUUAUUACGUUGGACCAAGAAUUCUUGGCUCACAUUCUGGGAGUAGGGGCACUUGGUGUGCGUGAUAAAUAUCUGGGAUUAGCUAUGUUGGUAUCCAUAUCUAAAAUGGCAACGUUUUGUUAUCUCGAGGAGAAGUUGCUGGCGAAAUUACAAGGCUGAAAACAGAUAACGUUAUCAUGGGAGGCCAAGGAAACCCUAAUUAAAUCGGUUGCGCUUGCUUUGCCUUUGCAUAUUAUGUCCUGUUUCAAGUUGCCUCUUUCUCUUUGCCGACUUUUGGAUAAGCAUGUUUCCAGAUUCUGGUGGGGUGUUGAGGAUGGCCAGUCCAGAAUCCGGUGGAUAUCUUGGCGCAAUAUGUGCCAGAGUUAGCAUGAAGGGGGAAUGGGGUUUCGUAGAUUCGAGCAUUUUAAUCAAGCUCUACUGGCCAAAAUUGGAUGGCGAAUUCUGUUUGAACCCCAGUCUCUUCUGGCUCAAGUUUAUUAGGGUAAGUAUUUUCCCAAUGGGGCUUUCCUUACGGCUACGGCGCGCUCUCGCCCGUCCUGGGGAUGACAAAGUAUCCUCUAUGCCCGUCAGCUAUUAGAUUUGGGCUUGAGAUGACAAAUUGGGAAUGGCCAGACGGCCUCUCUGGUUCAUUCUAACUGGAUUCCUAAAUUGCAUCCUGAUCCCCCAAUGUUUAAUCCAUGGGUACUGCCUCCUGGGGAGGGUCCUUCUAUUGUUGAGGUUAUAUGCCAAGGUGAAGGUCAUUGGUGUUAUAAUAACAUUUCUCAAUGGUUUGAUCCUUCUACCUGCCUGGCCAUCAAAGCGAUCCCUCUUCCUCGUCAGGAUAUUCCAGACAAAUUGAUCUGGCAUGCUACGCCUGAUGGGGUUUUCUCUGUCAAGUCGGCCUACCAUUUUGCAGUCACUUUGGAUACAAGGAGGGUCGGUGGAAGUCCAUGGCUAGUUGGAUGGAUAGGGCCAGUUGGAUUCGGUUAUGGGAAACAAAUAUCCCACCCACAUUGAAGGUUUUUGUCUGGCAAAUUUUCAAUAGAAUCCUUCCAACUACAGAGGCCCUAAUUGAGAAGGAUGUCCUUGUGCUUCCUAGGUGUCCAGUUUGCUGGGGUGAAUCGAAAAAUGGAGCACUUGUUCCUUGACUGCCCGGUAUCUCGCGUGCUUUGGGAUCUUUCAGGGAUGGAGCAUCUUGGACAGGGUUUGCCUCGGCAUACCUUCCCUCUCUUCUUAAAGAAGCUGAUGACUCUUAUCCACCAACCAUCCUUGUUUAUGGCCAUUAUUGCACUGCUGUGAAGGAUCUGGCGAUCUCAUAACUGGGUGGUUUUUGAAGGAAAACAAUACAGGCUCUCAGCCUUGAUGCGCUAGUUUAAUCAACAAUAUGCGGAGUGGGAAAGUUUGUCGGUGGAUCAGGUUAUAUGUUCUUCUGCCCCUCUGGUACAAUAGUGGAGUCUUAGUGGGGCUCCCUUUGCUGUUUGUAAGUGGGAUGGAGCAGUUAGGCGUGGGUCUCAUUCGGCAGGUGGAAUGGUUAUUAUGAGCCAGGAUCGCCAAAUCCUUUGGGUUCGGGGCGUCCAGUUCUCUUUCAUUGAUGUCCCUAUGGUGGUAGAAUUACUGAUGCUUUUUGAGGCCAUCCUUUGGUGUCUGGCCCAUGGUUUCACAGAGACGCGAUUUGAAGGUGAUGUGAAAGUAGUCAUUGAAAAGAUCCAUCGGGCUGAUAGCAGCGAGAAUCGGAUGGGCGCGAUUCUAGAAGAAAUUGUGAUGUAUUUGGCCAAUUAUAGUGGAUUUGGUGUGCGUUUGUAGGACGGCAUAACAAUAGGGUAGCCCACUUGGUGUCUCGAAAAGCCCUUUCUUUGUACCCAACUAUGUGUCGUGUGUUUGAUUUUCAGGCCUGGCUGAAUUCCAGGAUGUAAUUACCUAUCUUUUGAAUCAAUAUAUGAUUAUCUUUUGUAAAAAAAAAAAAUUCUCAAACCUUACAUCAAAUUCUUGCAAUCUCAUCUAUUUAUCAUCUAUAGGACAAAAAAAUGUCCAGUAAGAGAGGAACCAGUUGGCGAGCGUAUGAAGAUGAAACCUGUGCAAAGUUUGGGUAUCAAUAUAAGAACAUGGAUCGG